UGUUCUCUACCAGCCCCUCUCUGGAUGCAUCAGACUCCUCUGCCCCGGGGCCCUGGACCCGGUGUGUGACCCAACCGCCCUCACCCUAUUCCCCCUCUCUCUCCUCUGCCCCUGCCCCAAACUCUCCUCCUCUUGUCAGCCUCAACGCUCCUGUUCUGGGCCCCCUGCCUCUCGACCAGCAGGCAGAGGCAGGGGGCCAUGGCGCCGUGGUGGCCUUUGGUGGGCACAACCCCCUCACCAUGAGCAGUGUGCCCCCUCCGGAGGGCAGGGUUCAGGGGUCCAGCUUUACCCCACAUCAUUACAAGCCCUUCAGUUCACAUGCGCACUACCAACAGGUGAUGCGUGCAUUGCAUAAGCUUCAGGAAAGUGGGUUUUACUGGGGGGCUGUAGGGGGACGGGAGGCCAGCUCCCUGCUGCGCUCUGAACCUCCUGGAACUUUCUUGAUCCGGGACUCCUCAGACCACCACCACUUCUUCACCCUCUCUGUCCAGACAGCGCGAGGAACAAAGAACCUGCGAAUUCACAGCGAGGGAGGCGGCUUCUUCUUACAGCCAGACCCCCAAAACACCCAAGAGCUCCCGCAGUUUGAUUGCGUGCUGAAACUUAUAGCACAUUACAUGGGGAAAGGGCCAGAUGCUGGAAGAAAUCGAGAAGGGGCAUGUGGGGGUAAUUCAGGAGAGGCAGACAUGAAGGGACGGAACAUUUAUUUGAUCCACACCGGCGGGGAGAGGAUCCCCCUGGAGUUGCGGCGACCGCUCUCAACUUCUCUCUCGUCCCUGCAGCACAUGUGCAGGAGGACCCUGAACAGCAGAGGCCUGGGGGGGUCGGAGCAAGCCGAGCAGCUCCCGCACACACUUAGAGACUUCCUGGAGGAGUACGAUGCUCCCAUAUGACUGACAGGAACAGCACAGGUUCCACUACAUGGACCAGGUGCAUGGGAGACAGCACAGGCCAGUUCUCGGUGCUUACGUGAAUAUGUGUGCCAUCAGAAGUUGACCGGGGUUAGCCUUAGAUGUGAGGUCAGUUAUUCCUGUUGGUUAGAAUCAGCUGAUCUCAGAUCUGUUUCAACACUGAUGGACACCACCGAACUAGGUUCUGUGAUGAGGAGUGUGAUUUGGACAACCAACGAUUACCCAGUCUGUCCUGCCUUGCAAAAACUGGCCACUAGAGUGAAUGGCAGAUGAAGCCAGAGGUCAGUGUUUCCUGUGACUGACUCAGACGCAGAGCAGAGCCUCGUAGAAGAUUAACCUGAUUGGUCAUUGUUAAUGAUGACAGUGACAACAUGAUCGAUACACCACCAGUGAUCCUUGAGGGGCUUAGUGUGCUCCAGAAGAACCCUCUCCUCUCCUCUGUCAGCCGGACAUUUACAACUCUUUGGAUUACUGUGGACAGAGAGAAAAACAGCAAAGGACACAAAGGCUCAGGGGUGGUUAAGGACGAACGGGUUUCAGAGAAAAGUCAAAAGUCCAAAUAAGGGGCUCAAAGCAGAGAACAUAUUUGUUUGUCUGAGUGUGUGUGCAUUUGUGUGUUGUGGUGGUGUACACAUUUCCAUUGCUGUUUCCCGCAAAUGUUGCCUCAUAGAGGGGAGUGGGGUGGUCAUGGACACUACCUCUGUGCACACACACACACACACAGGUUCAGGCCUACAUGUAGGUUUUGUUAGUGUGGGAACAAAACAAAAAAAAGGCUUACAAAGCAUCUUGUCCCUCUCCUGUUUCAUUUAUUGUGUCUCCUCCAUUACCAUAUUCCCUGCCCUCGACUUUUUGUUUCUUGAGUUGCAUGUGCGCUUUGACGGUGACAGAAAACAGGUUGCUGCAGCAGAGACAAAAGCUUGUUACCAAGACAAAAGCCUGGGCACAGGACCAAAUGAAACAUCAGAAUUUAUUUUUAUCCAGACUAGCUGGAAAAAUGUCAGUGACACUGUAAAGCACCUUGGUGAAUGACAACUAUGAUGAUCCUAUAGACUGGAGAGGUGGGAAAGUGUGAGGAGAGGGGUAGAAUGAUAAAGUGCAGGAAAUGGGAUUAGGAAAAGCAAACUGAAGGGGACAGAAAACCAAGGAGGGGGCUAUUGUGGGGGAGAACGGGGAGGAGACAUUACUGGUAUACAGCUAAGACAAAAACCACUGACAUGAUUGAUAUCCCAGACUUUGGGGAAAUGAUACAGUUCAACAGGAUACUCUAAAUAUAAAACCAGGUUUGCCAAGAAGCCCCAUGUGAAAAAAGAACAUUUUGGCUGAGUCUUAAAUCUGUGUUUUAGAUCUUCUCACUCUGAUUUCUUCUUAACAUUACAUUGUCAUCUCAAACUUAUUUCUUUUUGUAAAAACAUCUUGGUGUGUUUGAGUGUCUGCUGUCUCCCUCCUGGAUUUCUUAAAUCACCUCUGAUGAAGGGUCUAAGAGUGGAAAUGUACUGUUAUGUGGAUGGUAACUUUAGACAGGCUUUUCGCCCCAUCUACCUUCCACAGUUACCUCUGAAGCAGGAGUGGACAGUCAAGUCUGAAUGUCAAGGGAACACAAAACUUCCCUGAAGCAAGUCUUUUAAAAAAGCGUUUUGUAAACCAACACGACUCGGAUUUGAUCAAAACCGUUUGGUCUGUGUUCGACCAGUGCUAAUAUUGGACUGGUCGGAUUGUCACAUCAUAUGGCUGUUGACUUUAUACCACAGUGAAACACAUUUUUGGUCAAAUCUCAGCCUUAUUUUCUCACAUCACAUCAAGUUUUGACAUGUGUCACACCAUCAGACCACACAUGUAUGUGAAUCAUUUGUCUUUUAUAAAGACUGACAAAAGGCAAGCCACUGGUCUGGCGAAAUACAAGUUGUAAUAUCUGAAAAGACAAAGCAUUACAAAAAAAUAAAUGAAAAGGAGCAUUGCACAUAUUUAUAUUUCUAACAUAUUUCAAUAAUUUAUAUUAAAGAGCA